ACUCAUGAAUAUCGACUCGGCCUUCAGAGAAUGAUUACGGUAGAUUACGGUAGUAGUUGUUAAUUCAGCACAAUGUACCCAUCACUACUACUAGUCUGUGUUAGUUUUUUGACAUUUAUAUCGCUUAGUUUUGAAGCAUGCCGUGUUGUGAAAGGUGCGCAUGGUCUUUCGAACUAUAUGUGUGAUUCCAUUCAAGAUUUAAAUCAGAAGCCAAUUUUGUUAGAUGUUGUAAUAUAUAAGGAUGGCACCGCUUCAAGGAUUAACCAACAAACCAAGACGCCCAAAUUUAGCGCAACUCUUGCCCAAAAGGCCGGUGGGAAAUUCAAUAUAGAUGUAGUGAACGGUAUUCAGAAAGUGUCCAACAUCGCGAGUUCAAUUUCAAUGCUAACAGGAUUAAAUAAAAAUACUUUUGACAACAUUCAGCUAGAAAAAAUACAGUUGAGGGAUGGAUAUCUAACAAGUAUUGAACCCGGAACGUUUUCCAAAUUAAAAAAUGUGCAAGAGAUUCAAAUUAUUUCUCACGCGCUUCAAAGAAUUCAAAGUGGGGUUUUUAGCGACUUGCCGAUCAUUACCCUCGCGCUUUCUAACAAUCAAAUUAAGUACAUUGAACGAAACGCGCUUAUUAACCUGGAAAAUUUAAAGAAUUUAUAUUUGGAUGGAAACAUGUUAUCUGAAUUGUCUUCGGAAUCAUUAAUGAACAACGCAAAAGAACUGGAAACUUUGCAUCUCCAAAACAAUGCGUUUACAAGUAUUAGCCGAAACAUGUUUAAAAUUUUCACUAAAUUACGUGUUCUAAACUUAUCGCAUAAUAAAAUAUUUAGCAUCAUGAGCUAUACCUUCGAAGAUUUGCUACAACUUGAAAGUUUAAAUUUGGCCCACAACAUAAUUUAUGAAUUAAAAACGGAUAUGUUUCCUAAUAACGGUUUUCUCAUUUUAUCAAAACUAAAUAUUGCCUACAACAGGCUUCCGGAUUUACCGCUUAGUGUGUUGGAUAAACUGCAGGAAGUGAAAUUUAUUAGUAUAGGUGGAAAUCCUUGGCACUGUCUUUGUUUAGACUUAAUACAAGUUUGGAUAAAUAAAAAUAAUAUCAAACAAGUGUGUGACGACGAGUAUCUGAAAGGAAUCAGACCCAUUUGUGUGUUGGAUCAAAGUGGUGCUGAUACGUGCACUUUCACUGACCAGUCUCUUUAUCACAAGUACAUCGCGGAGAACAAUCGUUUACCGAAAAACUCGACUUGUACCGAUAUCUGAAAUGUGCGCAAGCAAAAUUAGUUUUGUAAUAAAAUAGGUAUUAAAUUGCGAUAAUUUCUA